AUGAAUGAGAAUAUAUGUAACUAUCAUGGGAAUAAUAGAAUAGAAAAAAGCUUUUUAAUUAACACAAAUUUAUGUAAUGAUAUAAAUAAUACAAAUAAUUUAUAUACAUCAAAUAUGUUUGGCAAUAAUACUAGGGAUGGAACUUACGCAUAUAACAAAAGACAUUCUAAUAUCCACAAUAGUAACAAUGUUAAUAAUAUUUCCAAUCAUGUGUUUGAUUCCUCACUUAAUGAACUGGCAUAUAGCCAAGCAAGUGGGAAUCAUAUAUUAACAAAUAAUUUUAUAUACCCUAAAAAUAAUACACAUGAAAAUAAUUUAAAUUAUGGGAAUAACGUAUUUAAUGCAUAUCGUUCCAAUAAUCUUCCUUCAAAUUAUGAAAAAAAUAUAUGUAUGCAAUGUACAUGUUUUAAUAAAAAAUCUUCUGAAAUAAAUCUUUUUAAUGAUGAUAUAAAAAAUGCACACAGUAAAAAUAUUUACAGCAAGCCAUUUGACACUUCCUCUUUGAACUGUACAAUUUGCCCCGGAAACGCAAGUACCUACUUAAAUACAAACAUAGGCAAUAAUACGUUAAAGAAUUAUGGCCCAUUAAAUGAUGGAAUAAAAAAUGGGAGUAUAAUUCCGAUUAUUGCAAACGAAUAUUUUGCAAGUCAUUUGAAACCGAAUAUUAAUGAAAACAUAGAUCAUAGUUUUUUCCAAACUUAUAAUCAAAAAAUACCACUAAAUUUAAAUAACACAUUGAGUCGAAGUAUAAGUCAGCCUUCUAUUAUUCCGAAUAUAAAUCAAGGAGAUGAAAAAAUAAGAUCGAAUCUGAGUGUUCAUUCUAUGGGUAGUAAUAAAAUAAAUAAUAAUGAUAUUUAUUUGUAUCCUAACAUUUUAAAUAAUAACCAAGCUGGAACUGAUAUAUAUAACAAAAUUAAUUAUGAUGCCUUAAAUAAUAAUUAUAUAAAAGAAGGACAAAAUAAUCAAUUUAUUGACAAUUCAUUAUAUUAUCCAAAUAUAAAUAAUUGCUUAUUAAAUAUGUCUGACAAUAAUCAAAAGAAAAUUAUUAAUGGAAAAAGAGGGAGCCUCAUUAAUACCUCUUCUCUCAAUUUUCCUCAAAAUAGCAUAGUCAAUACAAACAUAGCCAAUACAAACAUAAACACUGCUAACAUCGCCAACAUCGCCAACAUCGCUAAUAACAAUCGAAACGUAAUAAAUUGCAUAAAUAACAGUCUUAUUAAUAAAAACACACAAUAUGUUGGAAAUGGUCCUGAAAUAAAUAAAGACACUUCGAGAGGAUAUAUAAAUGAUCCAACAAUGGAAAUGAAUAUGAAAUAUAUUAGAAAUGUAAAAGAAAAUAUAUUUCCUAAUUUAGUUAGAACAUAUCCCGAAGGAAAUAUAAAUAUAAUGGCAUUUGAUAAUAAAAAAAAACAAAAUAAUAAUUUAACAGAAAAUUUAUAUACAUGCAAUAUAGUGAAUAACAAUACAUAUAAAGGAACCAACUUAAAUAGUGACCCACGAUAUAAUAAUAUAUAUAAUACAAAUUAUAUGGAAAAUAUAUAUAAUAAUAACAAUAAUAAUAACAAUAAUAAUAAUCAAUAUGGAAAAUCUAAUAUAUAUAAAAUGGGAAAUGUAAAAAAUGGCAAUCCAUUAAUUUGUGGAAAUAUUAGUGGUUUUAAUAGUCGUGGGAAUUUUAUAAAUUAUUAUGCAAAUAAAGAAUGUGAAAAUGAGAAUCAAAUGGUUAUAGAAAAUAAUUCCAAUAUUAUUAAUAAAUAUAACAAUUUAAAUAAACAAAAAAUGUUAAACAAAACAGGUAGCAACAAUUAUAUGGACCAUACUAGCUAUGACAAUAAUAAUAAUAAUAAUAAUAAUAAUAAUAAUAAUAAUAAUAGCAAUAAUAAUAAUAAUAAUAAUAAUAGCAAUAGCAAUAGCAAUAGCAAUAGCAAUAGCAAUAAUUUUAUUUCGGAAAGUAAAAAUGUAAAUAAUUUUUCUGUGAAUAUAAACCAUGAUUAUAAAAAUAAUACAAAAUUAAAAAAACAUAAUCGAAGAGGAAGACCAAGUAGAAAUAACAUUUUAGUAAACGACGUAUCUCAAACAUCUCCAAUAUAUAAUGGAAAAGAAAAUGAGUCACAAAUUAAUAAUAAUCAUAAUGAAAUGAAAAUAUAUCAUAAUUCAAAAAGUCGAAAAAAAAGAGAAUCAGCAAAUAAAGAAUGUUAUAGAAACAGUUUUGAAAAAGAAGAUGAUGAUGAAGAAGAAGAAGAAGAAAAUGGUGAUUCUGGAAAUAUUAAUAAAAAAAGUUAUAUAAAUUCUUCAAAAAAAAAAAAAAAAAAUAUAAAUGAUCAAAAUUCAUAUAUAUCAUCAAAUGUGUCAAUUUCAUCUAAUUCGUCUUUUUUAUCUGAUUCAUCUUUUUUUACUAAUGGAGAUAAUGAAAAUGAAAGAAAACGAAAAAGAAGUGAAAAUGAAUCACCAAAUAAUAAUUUUUAUAAUAAAAAAAAUAAAGUUAUAGAAAUUAAAAAAAGAAGACCAACUGUUAUAGAUUUCCUAAAUGAAAAAUGGAAUAAAAAUUCUGAAACACAAAAUGUUAGAAGUUAUUCAAAAGAAUAUGAAGAAAAUGAACCUCAUGAAAAUAGUUGUAACACAAAUUUAGAGAGUAUAGAUUCAGAAACAGAUAUUAAUGAUAGUGAAAUUGAAUCAUCAGAAUGUAGUAGUAAUAUUAUAGAAAAUGAAAAAGAAGAUAAAACCGAAUUUUCUGUAACAGAUGAAGAAUUGACAGAAAAUGAUCAACAGCAAAAUAUAUAUAACCAAAUUAGUCAUGUAAAAAAAGAAAAAUCUAAUAAUAGUGACGAUGACGAUUCGGUAGAAAAAAAUGAAACAGAAAAUGGGGCGGAAGAUGUAACUGACGGAGCGAAAUCAAAAGUUAAGGGGAAAAAGGGAAAGGAAACAAAUUUAGAGAAUUAUGAUAAAGUAAAGAAAGAAAAAUUACUAUUUGAAAAAAAAGAAAAAUAUAAAAUUGGCAAAAGUGAAGGGGAAAGAAUAAAUGACAAUCAAAAUGACGAUAAAAAUGGAGAUAAAAAUGGAGAUAAAAAUGGAGAUAAAAAUGGAGAUAAAAAUGGAGAUAAAAAUGGAGAAAAUGACGAAAAAUUUGAAAGCGAAUAUAAUGAUAAAACAAAUAAAAAUAUUAAAAGUUUCAGUCAACAUCUAUGUUGUGAUGAAUCAUCAAAUGGAGAAAGUAAAGUAGAUGCAUCUAUGGAAUCAGACUCAUAUUAUAGUUCUGAAUAUUCGUCAGAAUAUUCUUCAGGAGAUGUAACGAGAACAGAUAGUUCAAGUCAUAAUGAUAAUACAUCUAAUAUAGAUGAAAAGAUCGAAAUGUGUGAUAGCCAAAUAAAUGAUUGUCAAAAUGAUGAUUCUGGUAUGAAUACUAGUAAUAUUGUAGAUGUAGGCAAAAAUGAAAAUAGAGAAAUCACUAAUCGUAUAAACGAAAAAGUGAACAAAUAUGCAAAAAGUAAUAGUAUUAAUAAAAUUGAAAAUAUAAUUGAUCAAAAUUUUGUUAAUUUAAAUAAUAUUUUUAUUCGAAUUUGCAGCAUAAAAAAAAUGAUAGAAGAAAACAAAAUAUGUGAUAACACUGAAAUGGUAAAUGAUAGCCAUUGCAAAAAUGGUCCAAACAAAUUUUGCAAAAAUGGUCCAAACAAGUUUUGCAAAAAUGGUCCAAACAAAUUUUGCAAAAAUGUAAUUGAUAGCAUAAAAUGUUAUAAGAAUUGUUUAGAAAAUGAAGUAGACAAUAAUUGUUGUUUAGUAAAAGAUGAUAAUUAUAUUUAUACAAAUUUAAAAAAUAUAAAAUAUAUAAAUAAAGAAUUAAUAUUAAAUAAAUUAAAACUAAUAUUCCUUUAUAAAGGAAUAAAUAUAUAUGAAUGUAUAAUUCUAUUUUCUUAUUUAUUUUAUAAAAAAUCAAAAUAUUUAGAUUAUAACAAAGUAUAUUUAUAUAAUACUAUGAAAAAAUUAUCUCCAUGCUUAUGGGAAUUGAACAAGAAAUGUAAUGAUAUUGAAAUGAAAAUAUUAUUUUUUUUUAUAAGCAAAAUAUUUAUUUUGCAUGAUUAUUUUAUUUUUAGAAUUAAUAUAUUUUUUUUUAAUUGGUUUAUAUUACAUUUAUAUAAAAUCAAAUUAAAGAAUAUAUCUUAUUUAGAAGAUAUAAAUAUAUUAAUAAAUAUCAUGUCUGGUUUCUUAUCAAAUAAAAAAUUUUUAAAUUAUUCUAUUUUAUUUGUAAUAAAUAUAGUUCUUCACAAAAAUUAUGGAAAAUCAUUAUAUACAGGCUUGAAUUAUCCCUAUCUUUGUGCAUUGUAUUUACACUUUUUUUCAAAGACAAUUUGUUUAUCGCGUCAAGUUAGAAAAUUUGUUAAGUCGUAUGAAAAGGGGCUCAAAAACGGUAGCAUUGGCGAUGGCAUUGCAAACAACGCUGCAAAUAACGUUGCAAAUAACGUUCCAAAUAACGUUCCAAAUAACGCUCCAAAUAACGUUCCAAAUAACGUUCCAAAUAACGUUCCAAAUAACGCUCCAAAUAACGUUCCAAAUAACGCUCCAAAUAACGUUCCAAAUAACGCUCCAAAUAACGUUCCAAAUAACGCUCCAAAUAACGUUCCAAAUAACGCUCCAAAUAACGUUCCAAACAACGCUGGCGAUAACAAACAAAUACAUUUCAGUUUUAUUGAAGAUGGGAUAGAUAAUAUGAACACAGAAAGGAGUAACAAAUUAUAUGAUGUAAGUGUGGAUGUUAUAAGAAAUAAAAGAAAAUGUCAAAAUAUACGAAAUAUCAAUUCCAAAAUUCAAGGAACUGAAAAAUUAUUUUCUCCUAAACAAGAUUUAAUCAUCCUUUAUAUAUUAUAUAUGGCUAAUAGUAACUAUUGUAUAUAUGUAAAUAUAAUUAGACAUAUAUUUUCAAAUAUAAUAAAUUUAAAAAUAACUUAUAAUUUUUCAAAACUAAAAGUAAAGAGUCGAUAUUUUUAUAAAAAAAUUAUUAGAUCUUUAAAUCAUGCAAAAAAAUAUUUGAAACAAUUAAAUAAGAGAAAUAAAAGGGGAAGACGAAAAAAAUGUGAAGAACAAGAUUUAAAAAAAGAUGAAAAAAUAUUAAAAAAAAAAAAAAAAAAAAAAAAUGAUAUAAAUUAUUCUCAAACAAAUCUAUAUAAUUCAUAUGAUAAAUUUACAAAUGAAAAUUAUUCUUUUAUUUAUAUAUUUAUUGGAUUAUUGAUUGAACAAAUUUCUUUUAAUUUUAAUGAAAAUAUAUCUUUAUAUUUUCAAAAUGAAAAAAUACAAAAUAUUUAUAAAAAUUUAUUUUUCCAAUUUAAGGGUUAUACAGAUAUUACAUUUAAAUAUAUCAAAUUUUAUUCUAUAAAUCUUAUUAAAAAAUAUAAAAAUAUAUGGUUACGAAAUGUAUUUAAAAUUGUUAAUUUAAAGAAUAAUGGAACAGGAUUAGAUGAUUAUUUUUUGGAAAACCCUUUUGUAGAUAAUACAAAAAUAUGUCUUGCUCAACAAAAUUGUUUUAUAAAUUCAAACGAUACCAAAAUAAACUAUGAUUUUAUGUUAAAAACAGAUGAUCAAUUUAAAAAUUUUGGUGAUAAUUAUGAUAAAAAUAGUGAUAUUGCAUCUUAUAGUACACUUACAAAAGAUGAUGAUACAGAAUAUUUACAACAAUAUGAUGAAAAUAAUAAUUCAUCUCUUUUAAAAAAAAAAAAAAAAAAAAAAAAAUCAUCUCUACUUUCAAAUUUUGAAAAAAAAAAUAAAAAAAUAUAUUAUUUUAUGAAUAAAAGUUUUGUAAAUAGCACUUUUUAUAUAUUGUCUAAAUGUUUGAAAACUUUUAAGAGAAGUAACAUAUUUAGUGUAGUAUUCGAUUUAUUAUUUUUAAGUUUUAUAUAUCAAAUAAAAAAGGAAGAAUUAUCAUCUUUUCUAUGUUACACAUUUUCAAAUGACUAUGAAUUAAGUGAAAUUAUUAUAACCAUAUUAAUUAGACUUGACACAACUCGGAUAUAUUUACAAAAUAUUUAUUUUUUGAAUUAUUUUUUGAAGAGAGAUAAAAUUAUGACACGAAAUGGAUGUAGUAUAGACAACAAGUAUUACAAUUGCAUUAACUUGAAAGAGGUCGAGAUAAGUUUAGCGGAUAUAUAUUCUUUUUAUUUUUCUCAGUGCACCAAAGGAAGCAAAAUUGAAAAGAUAAAAAAUGAACUAGGCAAACAAGUAAAUUAUUUUGAUAAGCGAUUAUACACAAAACCAUGUAAAUGUAUGUUUUUGUCAUAUUUAAUAUUUUUUUCUUUAAUUUUUAAAAAUUUUAAAAUGUAUUUUAUGCAUUUCACUAAAUUUUCAUACACCCUAAAAAAGAAAGAAAAAUCUAAAAAUGAAAUAAAAAAUGAUGAUACAAAUAUAAAGGAAAUCACUUAUAUAAAAAAUGAACAAAAUAAUAAACCAUUUAGUGAAGAAAACAAAUAUAUAUAUAUAAUGAUAAAUAAUGGAAAAUUUUUAAUCGACCCAAUAAUGUCUUAUAAUUACAUUGAUGAUAGUUGUUAUCAUAUUAUAUCUUCUCCAUUUGACAAUUGGAAUAUGUAUGAUUUGUUUACAAAUCGGACUAAAUAUUUUAAGUUGGAAAAUUGUGAAAUAUAUGAUGAAAAUUGUGUGUGUGCAGAAAAUGUAAAAAUAGCUAGCGAUACAGAAAAAAAAUAUGAAAUUAUAAAAAAAAAAAAUUGGAAAAAUAGCUAUUUAGAGAAUGGUGAGUCAAAGAUUGAAAGACUUGGUAAAGAACAUGAAGCUAUUAAUGAUUUGAAUAAAAAUUGGAAAAAUAUAAAAAAUAGAGAAUUAAAUCUUGAAGAAAUAAUAAUGAUUAUGUACAAAUACGAUUUAAUUGUGUGUGAACAUGUUUUAGUUUCGUACUUUUUAAUUGAUAAAAAAAAAAAAAAAAAUAUGAUUUGUACAGAAAUUUUGAAAAAAAAAAAAAAAAAUAAUAAAAGCUAUAUAGAACAGGAACUUACUAAUGUAAUAAUUAAUAAACAUAACGAAAUUGAUAAUUUAUAUUUUUUCAAAGAAGAUUUGGCUUAUCAUAUUUUACACGAAUUGUAUAAAUACAAAUCAGGAUAUGAUAAUAUAGAAAUAGGAAAUAUACUUUUAAAAAUAAAUGGAAAAAUUUUUAAGGAAAAUGUUGAAAAUAAAAUUGAGUUUAAUAAAAAAAAACGUAAAAGGAGAAAAAGAAAACAAGUUAUUUCAGAAGGGGAAAAUAAAAAUGAUAUAACAAAUUGUAAUAUUGAUAUGAUUGAACGAGAUCAACGAGAAAUAAUAUACGAAAAAUAUUUACAUGAAAUGAAUAAUAUAAUGAAAUGGAAUAAAAAUAAUAUAGAAUAUAAUAAUAAACAAAAAAAAAACAUAAAUUUAAAGAGACGAAGAAAUAAAUAUACCAAUAUUAUUAUAGAUAUAUAUCCAUUAGUUUUCCUUUCUUUAGUUAAGCUAUUAAAUGGUGUAAUAAUUAUAAAUGAUGAUGUAAAAAAAAAGUCUUUUGAUGUAAAAAAUGAGAUUUUUCCAGUUAACCUUAGUAUAUGUAUAAAUUUUAAUAAAAAUGAAGAAAUUUUUAAAAUACAUGAUACUGAAAUAAAAAAAUAUGACAAAAAUGUAGAAUCAAAAUAUCUUUUUAUGAAAGCAUGUCUGUGUAAUGAAGGUAUUACAGGAACAAAGAUAAACUAUCAGAAUGUUGUGAAUAGAAAAAAUAAGCAUAGCCAAUUUUAUAGUGAACUAAAUAAAAAGAUAGUAGACAGAAAUGAAGAAAAAAAAACAAUUUACCCAAAUGAAAUAACUCAACAAUAUUUAAUUUACAAAGAAAAAGGAAAAGGAAUGUAUCUAAACUUAAUUGUUAAACUUUUAUAUAAAGAAAUAAAAUCUGACUUUUUUCUUGUUCAAGAAUAUUUUGAUGAAAAAAUAUACAUUUAUAGAAGUUUACUAAUUAUGUUAAUUUUGAAAUAUUUAUCUUUUGGUUAUGGUUUAUUUUAUUUAAAAAAAAAAUUUCUUUUUUUUUUCAUUCAAAGAUUAUUUAGAUUAUUAUGUUUUCGUUUGAUGUGCCUUUUUUUAUCAAAUAUUCAUCUAAGCAAAUUGACUAGCGAAAUAAUUAUUAUUGAUGACUCCCUUUUGGUUAGCUCUUAUAUUUCUCAGUUGAAAAAAAAAAAAAAAAAUCAAAUAAUAAGAGAAGAGGAAAAGGAAAUUAAAAAAAAUAAAAAUAAUAAAAAUAAUAAUAAUAAAAACAAUGACUUUCUGCGAAACAAGUCAUAUAAUAUGUAUAAAAAUUAUUCAGAAAACUUUUUUUUCAAUUGGAAUUUUGUUGACGAUGUAAAAUAUUUAGGAAAGGCCAAUGAAGAGGAAGAAGAUGAAGAAGAUGAAGAAGAUGAGGAAGAUGAAGAAGAUGAAGAAGAUGAAGAAGAGGAAGAAGAAGAAGAAGAAGAUGACGAUUUGGAAAACGAUUUAACAUAUGAGUUGAAUAAAUUUAAUGGACAAAAUGAGGAAGAAGAAAUAAAUUUUGAAGGAAAAGAGAUUCGAGAAAAAGAUAAGAAAGAUUGUAAAAAUUAUCAAGGAUGUAAUUAUACAUGUAAUUGUAGAUUGAAUAAAAAUAAAAAGACAAAACAUAUAAUAUAUAAACCAUUUGUAGCAUUUGGUAGUUUAAUAAUGACAAAAAAAGAAGUGUUAAAUUUAGGAUUGUUAAAAAAAGAUGAAAUAAAAAAAAAAGAAAAAAUAUAUAUAAAUAAAAGUAUAUUGAAAAAUAAACAAAAAAUAAAAAAUGCCAAUUUUAAUAAUGGAAUAAAUUUAAAUAUAGAAGAAAAUAAAGAAAAUAUAAAUAUGUCAAUUAUAUCAUUAUUAGAUUUGAUGAAUGCAUUAAAGAAAAAUGGGAAUACAAAUAUGAUAAUAAAUUUUUAUUUAAAUUUAUUAAUUGAAAAAUUUUUAGAAAAAAAAAAAUAUAUACAUAUAGAUGAUAGCUAUUUAAUAAAUAGCUAUAAUGUAAAUUUGGUAAAUCCAUUAAAUAUUGAAAUUAAGAGAUAUUUUUAUAUAUAUGAAAAUAAUUCAAUAAAAAAAAAAAAAGAAUUGAUAAGUAAUGGUUAUAAGUUUUAUUCAUCUGCUUGUACAUUAAAUACAUUUCAAAUUAUAUUUUUCGAAGUUUUAAAAACAUAUUUAAGUUUUAAUAAUAGUAAUUAUCUCGGGGCAUUGAUAUCAAAAAUAGGUCGAUUAAAUAAUAUAUAUAGUGAUAAAAAUAUACAUUUUAAAAUUAAAAUAAAUAGAUUAUUAUGUAAUAAAUUACACACACUAAUGUUGGAACAGUUAAUGAAUAUGAAAUUGAAUAAAAUAGUUACAACAAAUAAAAUAUCAGUGUGUAAGUUUUUUUUUAUUUCACUAUUAGAUGAAAAUGAGAAUCCAAAUUUCUUUUUAAAUCUUCCAUAUCAGAAUGAACAAAAUACAUCUAUAACAUCAAAAGAAAUGCAGAUAUAUGAUCUUCAAAUUAAAUGUGAUAAUUUAUCAGUUACACCACAAUGGCAUCAUAAGCAUCUAACUUUGAAAGAAGAAAAUUAUAUACCAUCUUGUAUGAAUGUAGAAUUAGAGAAAAAUCAAAACCAUGAUUUUAACAUGAAUAAUAAGUUGUAUAAAGAAGGUACAGAAUGUUAUAAAACAAAUUUAUGUAGGGUUCAAAACGAAAAGGAAAUAAUAAAAGGUGGUGGGGAAUAUAAAAGAAAAGAAAAUGUGAAAAGAAUAUGUCUGAGUCGGUAUAACAACAAUGGUGGUAACAGUGGCGGUGGUAACAGUGGCGGUGGUAAUGAUAAUGCUAUUAUAAAUUCGAAUGAAAAAGGAAGAGUUACGAAUGUAAGGAUUAUAUAUAAUAAAAUGUAUAACAUUGAUUAUAAAGAUGAAAGAAAUAAGAUGCAAAUUGUUAAGAACACACAUAUAUAUAUGAAGGAAAAUGAUAUUAACAAAUUAAUUGAUAGCUUUGAAAAAUUAAAUAAAACAAUAUAUGAAUGUAGUAUAUAUAUUUAUAAAAAUAUAUUUAUUAAAGGAAAACCACAAGAUGUAAUAAAUAAACAAAUUUCAUCUAUUUAUUUAUGGUUUCAAAAUUUUAUAAAUUUGUUAAAUUAUGAAAAAGCAGUAAUACAUCAAUUAUAUAAUAAAUAUCAAGGAACUGGUAUUUACAUAAAAAAAAAUAAUAUUUUAAAUAGUCAUAUUAUAAAAAUAAAUUCAAAUAUAUUAAAUGAAAUUGAAGAAAUGAAAAAAAAUAUAGAACCUUACUUACCAAUUAUAGAAAAAAAAUAUUUAUCAUUGAGAUUAAAAGAAGAUGAAAAGACAAAAAAACGUGAUAAUCCUAUCGAAUCAAAUUUAAAACAAAAUGAAAUAGAAGAAGAAUAUCAAAGAAAUUUACCAUAUAAUGAAAAACAAGAAAAUUAUAUUGAAGACUAUAAUCAAGAUUAUACUGAAUUAGAUUCUUUUAUUGAUUAUAAUAUGGAUAAAUCAUCUGGUAUGUUAUUACAAGUUAAACAAAAAAAUAAUAUAAUUCAAAGUACCAAUAAAGAGUUAGAAAAUUUUACUAAUUCAAGUAAUUUAGGGGUUCAUAGAUUAAAUGAAUAUAAAAUUGAUGAAGAUUGGUUAACAUAUAUCCGAUCGCUGAUAUAG